AUGAGCAAGAAGCUUGGCUUUCUACUUAUUUUCUUACUGAUUUGGAAGGUUAUUGAUUGUGAUGAAAAACAAAAAGAAGUAGAUUAUGAAGAAGAAGAAGAUCCGAUUCCAAAAAAUCUCUUUCCAACUCACGCCCGCCUUGUCGCAAAAAUCUUCGAAGGUUACGAUGAAACCGUCGCACCAAUCAUGAAUUCUGAUAUCUAUCAGCAAUCCUAUACACACAAAAACAACGAGACAACUGAUGGAUGGGCAUUGUGGUAUGGAAUUGAUCAGAUGAAAAUUAUCGAUUUGGAUGAACCGCAAGAAUUGUUCACGACAUCGAUCAAUAUUUUAUUAGAGUGGCAGGAUUUGCGAUUGAAGUGGCGGCCGAGCAAAUAUGAUGGGAUUCGGAGUAUAUUUGUGAGGCAGGAAAGAGUGUGGAGCCCGCCGUUUGGCGUUUUUUCAGCGUAAGCAUUGCUCAGGUUAUAGGGAAAAUUUGCCAAAUCCACGCGGCCGCUACGAUUCCCCAAUUCAGAAUAUUUUUCCAGAAGCGACGUCAAAGAUCAUCGCGAUCUAGAUUAUCGAAUAGUUGAAGUUGUACACACUGGAACAAUAUCCGAAUACGUAACAAUGAGAUUAACAACAAAUUGUGCAUUGAAUAUGCACAAUUUCCCAUUCGAUACCCAAACUUGUGAAAUCCAUUUGGGAUUGUCUAGCGUAAAUUACAAUCUUUAUGAUGUUUACAUUCAAAUGCCCGAAAAACUGGAGGAAAUGAUUUGUGAUAUGCGAAAUUCUGCAUGGGAUAUUGUGAACAUCACAGUUGGAAGUCUAAAACUCAAACCGAUUGGAUAUUUCGAAUCGAGACUCGGUGUCAUUCGUUUUGUUCUCAAAAGAAAUCCAAUAUUCUACAUAUAUAUGAUAAUAUUACCAACAUUCACAGUGAAUAUGAUCGCGAUUGGUGGAGUGUUUUUGAAAAAAUCAACGCAGAUGGAAAAAUUGACAAUCGGGUUCACGCAUAUUAUGACAAUGACUUUUAUAUUGGGUCUGGUUUCGGAGAAAAUACCAAAGACUAGUGAGAUUCCGUUGUUGGGAAAGUAUAUUAUUUUUGGAUUGUGUAUGAUGAUUUUUGCGUUGAUUAGUUCGUCGGGAUUUCAUGGAUGUUCGGUGGCUAAGUCUAAUAACAGGUAAGAAUUAUGGCUAGACAGUUAGAGGAUUAGAGACGCAGAGACGCAGAGAAGGCAGGCAGCUAGAGGGUUAGAGACACAUAUGACACUGAAUGUGAGGAAAGAAAAAAUGCAGAGAAACCAGACAGCUAGAUGGUUUGAGACACCAAGAAAGUGGGGGGGGGGGGCUAGAGACGCAGAGAAGUCAGACAGCAAGAGGGUUAGAGAUACAGAGAAACCAGGGGCCUAGAGACUAAGGAAGCCAUACCGCUAGAGGGUUAGAGACGUAGAGCUAUCAGAGUGUUAGAGACGCAGAGAAAACAUACUGCUAGAGAGUUAGAGACACAGAUAAGCCAGGCAGCUAGAAGGUUAGAGAUACAGAGAAACCAGGGGCGUAGAGACUCAGGAAAGCUGGACCUCUAGAGGGUUAGCGACACAGAGAAACCAGGGCGGCUAGGGGAUUAGAGACGCAGAGAUAUCAGAGAGUUAGAGAUGCAGAGAAGCCAGUAUUUUCAGACGCUAUAUCAUCUUCAAAUAUCUGAAAAUAUUUUUCGUAACAUCGCUCCAACUUCUCAAUAUUCUCGCAUUUUCCUACAUGAUUUAUCGAUUUUCGACAUUCGAAAUGGAAUUCGGAAAGAAACGUGAAUGUGAUUCGGAAGACUAUCUAAGUGAAUAUCGAACAUACUCGAAUAUGUCGUCACUCAUUUACGCAUCAAAAUUUGCUGGAACUGAACACGAAAAAGGGUUUCAGGACGUAUAUUCGGAUUUGUUAAGCAAGGCCAAAGAAGAAUGA